AUGAUCUCCGUCGUCGUCGUUUUCGUCUUCGCACCGGUUUCGCCUAUUUGCCUAUGCGCGCAGAACGUCUCCGUCGCUAUCGCCGUCGCCGACAACUGCAUCGACCAGAUCAAAUCCUACUACGGGAGCACCAUCUUCAGGGAUAUCGAUAGUGGCGAGAAAAGAAUACCAUGGGCCUUGAAAACGGAGGGGAUGGACGACACGACCUCUAAGCAUCCAAAUUCCCGCCCCAAAGACUAA